GUUUGGCCCCUCCGCCGCGCCGUUGCUCGUUGCCAUAGCGACGCACGGUGCGGCCUAGUGUGUGUGGGCCGCGCGAUGUCGUACCGCGAUGUGCGCAACCUGACCGAGAUGCUGCGGGCCCUGGGCUACCCCCGCCUGGUCUCAAUGGAGAACUUCCACGCGCCCAACUUCGCGCUGGUGGCCGAACUGCUGCUGUGGAUGGUGAGGAGGUAUGAGCCUCAGUCUGACAUUCCCUCUGAUGUUGAGACGGAACAGGACCGGGUUUUCUUCAUUAAGGCUGUGGCUCAGUUCAUGGCUACCAAGGCCCACAUAAAGCUCAACACCAAGAAGCUUUACCAGGCAGAUGGCUACGCGGUGAGAGAACUGCUGAAAGUCACCUCUGUGCUUUACAGCGCAAUGAAUACGGGGGGAAUGGAGCACACAGACAUCAUUGAGGAAGACAGCAGCAAAUUCAAGUUUGAUCUUGGUUCAAAAAUUGCUGACUUGAAGGCAACUAGACAGCUUGCUUCUGAAAUCACCUCCAAAGGAGCAAAUCUGUAUGACUUACUUGGCAAAGAGGUAGAACUAAGGGAAUCAAGGACAGAAGCCAUUGCCAGACCUUUGGAGAUAAACAAAGCUGAGAAGAUGAUGAAAGUUGCCAUCAACUGUGUUCUGGAAGAGGUCCAAAAGACAAAGGACAUGUUGAGUAAUGUGGCUUUGGACGAAGCCAACUUGGAAGCCAAGAUUGAAAAAAGGAAACUGGAGCUGGAAAGAAGCCAGAAGAGGCUGCAGACCCUACAGAGCGUUCGUCCUGCUUUUAUGGAUGAAUAUGAGAAAAUUGAAGAGCAGCUGCAGAAGCAAUACACUACCUACCUAGAAAAAUUCCAUAACCUGACCUACCUGGAGCAGCUCUUGGACGAUCAACAUCGGACUGAGCAGGAGAUGUUUGAGGAAGCAGCAAACAUGCUGCGUCUGAUGCAGAACAGGCUGAAGGAGGAGGAACAACGCCUGCUUAGGAGUGGAAGUAAUGAUGAUUCUGACGUGGAGAUUCAGGAGGAUGAAAGCUCUGACAGUGAAUCGGAGGACAGGCAGCUCGGAAAGCAGCACGCAGCCUUGCAGACAGUGAUGCCAGGAAGAGCCCGGAUCGUGGGAACAAUGCAGGGUGGAGACACAGAGGAAGAUUUGGGAGCUGCCCCAGCCCAGCCAGGCAAGUGCGGGAUCAUCACCAAGGCUCAGGAUGAUUCAGGGGAUAGUGAGAUUGGUCUGGAUGAUGAUGAAGAUGAUGAGGAGGAUGUGGAAGAUGACAGCAUGGAAAUCUCCCCGAGCAAAUCCAGCCACCGAGCAAAGAAGCCAGAGCCUCUGGAGGAAAGUGAUAAUGACUUCUGACCCUUCAGCAGCAGGACCAGGAGGCACCUUGAAAUGCAGACUUCAGAGAGCACAUGGGCCAGGAACUAAUAACACCCUGCCAUCCGGAAAGUGCUCGUCAGCACGAGUUCAGGAGUUGGUAAAUAAUGUUCAUUAAACUUGAAAAUUAAACUUGGAUUGCCAGUCUUGUGACUGCAAAGUAUGAGCAGUUUAUCCAUAAUGAGAAUCACAGUAAUGUGGAGUGCUGUUAUUUCCAUAAUUGCAUUAGAACUGGCCCUCAUGCGCUGCGGUGCCAGAAGUCUCACUUCAGUGAGCAUCAUGUGCUUGAUUUCCCUGCACUUUAUUAUGACCAAACAGAUUUUUUUUUGCCUUAAUAAAGCUGGAUAAAAGCUGC